AUGCGGAUAGAGAUCUGGGAACAUGUGCACGAUUUCUCGGUCGUGCCGCAGCCAAUUGGCCGUCGAUCUCUCAAAAAACUUGAGGUCCUACAAAAUCUUCAGUCGGUUGCAGAAAGUGAUUUGCAGAGUGGCACCAACGAAGCUACAACCAUACGCUUCCAGCCACCGGUCUUUUGGGAACUUCUCGAUCCCAAGCUUCUCCGAACGACGCAGCACAAACCCACUGCUCAUGGUCCGCCUAUAUCGCGAACCGAGUUUGGACAAGAUACCCGGAUGCGUGUGGCCACACAUUUUGUGCACCCUUUAGUGGACGACCAAUCUGAACAAUCGACUUUGUCUGAAAUAACCGAAACUUCAGGUUUCCCGGGCGUUGAGUUUGAGCAACUGCCCAUGGGCGAGUUGUUUGCUCACUUUUCGACUGAUGACCUAAAUUGGUUGCAGCCAUAG